GAGAGAGAAGAUGGGAGAAGCGGCAGAUGACAGAGGGAUGAGGAGGACCUUCAUCGUCCCUGCCAUCAAGAGCUUCGAUCACUACGACUUCACCAGGGCCAAGAUAUCAUGCAGCCUGACGUGGCUGGUGGCCAAGGCUUUCGGCUCGGAUGCCGUACCAGAGGAGCUGGCCGAGCCUUUAUACAGGGACCAGUACAACCAGGAGCACCUGAAGCCUCCUGUGGCCUGCCUGCUCCAAUCCGCGGAGCUCUACUGCCGGGCGGGAAGCCUGAUCCUCCGCAGUGAUGCUGUCAAACCGUUGCUGGGACACAACGCUGUCAUCCAGGCUCUGGCCCAGAAAGGCCUGUAUGUCACUGACCAGGACCGACUGGUCACUGAGAGAGAUCUGACCAGCACGCCUAUACACAUGAGUUCCCAUCUGGCGCUCAUUGACACCCUGAUGAUGGCGUACACUGUGGAGAUGGUGAGUGUAGAGAGGGUGAUGACCUGCAUCAACAGGUACUCCUCUGCUGAGCCCUCACACAGCGACGGACACAUCCAGGAGCUGCCUUAUGACACCGAGGAUGCAAUCACCACUUGGAACAACAAGGUGAAUGAACACCUGAGGGACAUCCUUGUUGAAGAGCAAAAGCUGAGAGAGGCCUCCCUCCAGGAGUCAAACGCAACCACACACACAGCUCGCUACAGGAGGGAUCAUACUCAGCAGAGGAGCACUCCGUCGCUCCCCCUAGUGGAGAACCUGCUGAAGGACAACACAGACGGCUGUGCUCUGACCACCCUGCUGCAUUUUUACUGCCCGCAGGCUGUCAGACUGGAAGAUAUCUGCCUCAAGGAGACCAUGUCUUUGGCUGACAGUCUGUACAACCUGCAGCUGGUGCAGGAGUUCUGCAGGAACAACCUCAACCACUGCUGUCACUUCAGCCUGGAGGACAUGCUCUAUGCACAUGCAUCUAUAAAGAGUAAUUACCUGGUGUUUAUGGCUGAGCUUUUCUGGUGGUUUGAAGUGGUUAAACCCUCAUUUGUACAGCCCAGGGUCUUCGAUCCAAACGCCUGUGAGCCUGUAUCAUCCUGUAAAAAUAUGGCUCCUGUUUCCAGUCCAAUCAAACAGAGCUAUGCAGACAGACCUGACAGCCCUGAGAAUGCCCCUGCACAGGGUAUCAUGAAGAGGUCUACCUCCAUGUCCUACGUGGAUGGCUGUGUUGGGACAUGGCCCAAAGAAAAACGCUCCUCCUGUCGGGGAAUCUCCUUUGAAAUUCCUCUGGACGGAGACCCGAUUGUGCCGCCCUGCGAAGCUCCCUCCCUCAGUGGUAUGACCCGCUCUGCCAGCAGUGACGGUCUUGGUUUCAAAGUUCACUAUGCUUCUCGAGGGGUCAUGAAGCGCCACCUCUCCCUCAUGCCUGUCAAUGUAAACGGCCAGAGCAGACACAUACCUGAGGAGGAUGGGGAGUUCAGCUCCCAAAAACCACUCGGGCGGAACAACACAUUCUCAAUGAAGAACCAAAGCAGGUACUCCAAUGGGGUCCUCCCAGAGAGCAACCACAGCCCCAACAAUCACUAUGGCAGCCGCAGUAGCCCAUCAACUCCUCCGAGCAUUGAGGAGGCCCUGAAGAUUAUCCACGACACUGAAAGGCCCCACGCUAGCAUGGGCGUGGGGGAAGGAGACAAUGGCUUCUUUCUCCACGGUUCAGUGCUUUUAGACCCUUCAGACCCUUCAGGGGCCCAAGGUCAAGGAGACGAGCAGGGUUCAGCUAAGGCUCGGCUGAACGACCAAGACCCCAACUCUCUAUCAACUGAUGAAGUUGACACGGGCAUCCAUGUGAGGACAGAGGACAUCCAGAGCUUGGAUGAGGACUCCUCCUCCCUGAGAGACUAUUCAGACAUAGACCCAGACUGUGAGACCGUGACCCGGUCCUGCCCUCUGCCUGACCAGCCGGAGAAGGAGAGGAGCGGGGAAGGAGGACGGAAUGGGGUCAGUGAUGCUAACCACGAGGGUGAGAGGGGAGAUGGAGGUGACAGGAGCAGCCCCUGUCCCAGUUCAGCACCCACAAUCCCCAGAUCCCACACAGUCAGCCCCGCCUCAUCAUCUGGAGGCUCUGGAGGAGGCAUGAUCCGGAUGACGAGCUUUGCAGAGCAGAAGUUCAGGAAGCUUGAGGGAAGAAGUAGUGGAGGAACUACACCAGAGAGUUCAGAUCUCAAUGUGCCGUACACACACCUGCCAAGAAGCAUUUCUUCUCAGAUGUCACCUCCUUUGCCAAUCACAUCUCCCUCUCCAGUAACGUCCCCCAGAGACCCCUCCCACCUGAUAGCCUCAGAGAUGAUUCAGCUGAGGAUGAAGCUGGAGGAGAAACGGAGAGCCAUUGAAGCCCAAAAGAAGAAGGUGGAAGCAGCUUUCACCCGCCAUCGUCAGAGGAUGGGCAGAACAGCCUUUCUUAAUGUUGUGAGAAGAAAAGGAAUCACUGCCCCCCUCAGCCCCAGCUCAGACGCAGCAGAAGCACCUUCUCCAGAGGCGCUCAUGGCCUCAAAGGAAAACAACCAGGGCAGCAUGGAGCGGGCGGAGAGAUGUAAGCCUGACGGAGCAGCUCCUAAAUCCCCCUGUGAGGAUGGAGGGGGCUUGGCUCCGGGAGAAAUCGACCUCACAGAAUACACUCGCUCCAUUGAGAGGCUGAACACGUCGUUGGGCUUCCUGCAGACAGAGAUGCAGCGUUUGGCCCAGCAGCAGGAGAGGAUCAUGUCCAUGAGAGAGCAACAGCAACAAGCCUGGGUCAUUCCUCCUCCUGCUCCAUCUCCUCACAGGCAGCUCCGUGAGUUGCGUAGCAGCAGUGUUACAGGCCGGGGAUCAGGACGAGGCUCGGUUGGGUCUGUGUCUCCCAUCCUUUCUUCUUCUGGCUCUCCUCGCGCUCCCAACCGGUCCCCUGCUGGACUUAAGCGACGUCCGGCCUCCUUCCAUGCCAGGACACCCAGGACUCCACGACCAAAUGAUCUGAAGGUCACACCUUUCAGUCGAAUGCUCAACACCCAGACUUCCGUGGACAGCAUACCCAGACUGAGACGAUUCACCCCCAGCCAAACCCAGAACUGCUCGUUUGCUUACCUGGGCCACGACGAGGGGCCUCUGGACAGCAUGAACCAAGAGCCCAAGGACAACAAAGAAAACACUGAGGACAAAGAAGAUGUAGUGGUAAAGAAGAGUGCUGGCACUCAUCAGCUGUCUACUAAAGAAGCAGCCAAAGAGAAGGAAGAUGAGCGACAGGAGGAAAGAAAGGGUGAGGUGAAGCAAACAAGGUCAUCAGAGGUGUUGUGUCAACCGGUGUCUGAGAUCCAAGGGCCCACAGGCAGCCGGGUCAAGGGAGACCCACAGGACAGAAGAGAUGUGGUGGAGGUGACUCUGUCUGAGCUGAAACCUCCAGGAGGAGAUCCCCGCAGCCAGGAGAUGACGGGAGAGGGUGAAGGAGAUGGAGAGGCGAGAGGGGACACGUUUGGAAAAGACCAAAAAAUGUGCUGUGGAUUCUUCUUCAAGGAUGAUGUGAAAGGGGAGGAGGACAUGGCAGCAAAGAAAGCAGCUCUGCUGGAGAAGAGGCUUCGGAGGGAGAAGGAGACUCAGGAGAAGAAGCAACAGCAGGAGCUGGACCAGGAGCAGAAGAGGGAGGCUGCACGGUUGAAAGCUGAGGAGGAGCAGCAGAAAAAGGAUGAAGAGAAGGAGAGGAGGGAAUACAUCAAGCUUGAGUUUUUGAGGAGGAAACAGCUCAAGCUGUUUGAGAACAUGGACGAUGUCAUCAAGCCCCGAUCUGGAAGUCUCAAGAAAAAGCCGCGGCCCAAGUCCAUCCACAGGGACGUCGUGGAGUCGUCUACGCCCCCUGUGAGAGCAACAGGGGUGCGUCCUCGAGGCUUCUCAGUGUCUAGUGUUUCUUUGGCGUCUCUCAAUCUGGCUGACAACGACAGAGAGCAGCCAAAUAACAGGAAGAACAACAGGCCAGACUCUGCAGAGGGUUUUUCUUCUUGUCCUUCGACUGGUAGUCGCAACGGAGAGAAGGACUGGGAAAAUGACUCCACCACCUCAUCCACUCCCUCCAACAAUGAGUACACAGGACCAAAACUAUACAAGGAGCCGAGUGCCAAGUCAAACAAGUACAUCAUCCAGAAUGCCCUGGCUCACUGCUGCCUGGCUGGCAAGGUCAACGAAGGGCAGAAGAACAAGAUACUUGAUGAAAUGGAGAAAUCCGAAGCCAAUAACUUCCUUUUGUUGUUCCGUGAUGCCGGAUGCCAGUUCAGGUCCGUGUAUGCGUACUGCCCGGAGACGGAGGAGAUCACCAAACUGGCCGGCAUUGGGCCGAAGAGCAUCACGAUCAAGAUGAUCGAGGGCCUGUACAAGUAUAACUCUGACAAAAAGCAGUUCAGCCUGAUCCCAGCCAAAACCAUGUCCGCCAGUGUGGACGCCAUCACCAUUGCCAGCCAUCUGUGGCAAACCAAGAAGCAGGUGACGCCCAAAAAACUGCUCACGAAGUAGCACCAGAUGGCCACCGGAUGGCAAUAUUUGGACAUGCUUCUCUGGAACGAUCAAAAGGAGAGUUUGUGUAUUUUAGAUUUUCAUUAAAAGGACACGUGGUCCCACUGUAAUAACUCACAACUGGAAUGUAGAACACGAGUGGGCCUCACAGACAUUGUUGUUACAAGAUUGACUGUUACACUCUGGACUAAUUAAACGGGACACAAGUGUUUACUUCGUCAGCAUGUGUGUCAAUGUUCUCGUGCCAAAAAAAAGAAGAAAAACAAAAGGCGGACCAAUGCCUUACCUAGUUGAACCACUGAACCACUGAAUGUCACGCCUCAGAAAGAGGCAGUUUGGUUUCUAUAAGUUGAUCAUGUGUGGCCUUAUGCUUGUUUUGUGUCACUUUGUCAGCGCCUGUUAAUAAGAGUGUUGUGAUACAGGAGAGUUUGCGUGCACUCACAGGUCUGGGAUCAGAUUACUCCCCCCCUCAAGCAACUUGUAACAAGGGUGGCCUGUCUGAUCUGUGAUCAGGCAGAAGCAGCAUUUUUUUUAGUUCUUGCUUUUUUUUUUUUUUUACAUGUGACUGAAAAACGUAUAAACAGUUCAAAUUUGUGUGUGUAUAGUGAAUGCCAAGAAGAGUGAGGAAAAUACCUCAGUUGGUGAUUGCAAUUACUUUCCAAAAGUGUGAAAUUAUGAGAGUAUUGAGCAUAUGGAGUACCAUGAAACAAUUCUGGAAAGCACCUGCUAUAGACUCUUAAUUUAUUUCAUUUUGAUAAUGCUUUGCAGAUAUUCUGAAAGGCGUGUUAGAUUUUAUUCAGAGAAACAUAAUAUACUGUACGUAUAUAAGUUAAGUUUGUAUAUGACGGCAGAUCCAUCCAAAAUGAGCGAGUCCUCUUGUAGUAGCUUUUGAGUAGCUUUUAUAAUUUAUCACAUAUGUGUAUCAGUAUGUUGUACUUUGGGGCCUUUAAUUGUGUUACAAGUGCAAAAAGUGUGAUCACUCAACAGUAUCACUGAUAAGACGAUCAUCAGUAGUAGAAUAGACGGGAAUCCCACCCUGUGUCAUCCGUCUGUGCAAUUUAAGAGUCAUUUGAAUAAUCACCAUUGACCAUGUUGCAGUUGGAACUAACAAAUACUUAAAAUGCCACUUUAAUGUGGAUAUUGUCUUAACUGUUAGAGUUUGAUUACCCUCAAAGGAGAUUGUAAAUAAAUGAAUUCACCCAUAAUAGCACUUCAUGACCCUGUCCACUGUCGUUGAGUCGUUUCCGUCAUGCUUGUUACUUUACUUUUACAUUACUUUUUAUCACAAGUUCCUUCAGUAUAUGUUGGCAUUGUACAGAUAUAUUUUGGCAUAUAGAAGUAUUUUUUGUAAUGACAUUGACAUGUUGGAGGUGUGUUCUAAUGAAGAAGUACAACUGUUGAAGGAAGUGUGUUGAAAGCGAAGGCAAGGUAUAUGAAAUCCUAAUGAGGCUUUAUCGUGGUAUUGUAUGAAACUCAUAAAGGAUACUGAGAAAAUCAUAGUAUUUUUUCCAACUCUGAAUUCAUUUUCAUUUAAGUUUACUAAAUAUGCUCAACUGUUCAUGGAUUUUUGUUUGUUUUUCUAUUACGUUGAGCUUUAUUAAAAU